UCCAAAAGCUCAACAUGAUGAAUUUCCAGAUGUUUGUGUUUAGUACCUGUCUGUUGUUAACUGUUAUGCUUGCUAAAGAAAUGGAAGCCGGGGGAUGUAUUGAAAGACCCGCUUUUACAGCAAUAUUGAAAAGAACAUUAACUCUUUCAAAAGGUAAUACAAUUAAAUUUGACACAGUAAUUUUGAACCAAGGAAGAGGAUAUAGUCCAAGGACAGGAAUAUUUACAGCAACAAAGACAGGAAUAUAUCAAAUUUCGGCAACAGUCAUGUCUAAGGGUGGUGCUGCAUUAAACGUUUACAUCAGUAAAAAUGGAGUUUACCUCAUGAGCCUGUACGGCCCAAUGAUCAAUGGUGGAACUCAAACUGCCAAUCCUGUACUACACCUUGAGGAAGGAGAUACAGUUUCUGUGAGAAGCCAUGGUUCACAUAUAGUAUAUGGUGGCAGCUAUACCUAUUUCUCAGCAGUUUAUAUUUAGUUAAAUAAGAAAUGCAAAUAAAUACAAGUGAUAAUUUC